UGCUCCUAUUGGUUUAGCUGAAGGUCAGCUGCUGCAGCAGAGACCCACGUGCAGCUACGCGCAUUUCAAGAUCAAGAUGGCAGCCUCCGUGUGUCGGUGCUACGAGCUGGUUGGCAGACGAGCCUUUGCCCUCUGCUCCCGACCUCUGGUCUUUUCAGCGUGGAGAGGUGAUGUCUACACGCUACAUCGGAGCUCCGCUGCAAAUGUGCAGGUGCGAUAUGCUUCAGGACGUAAAGGUUUCCUGGGAGAGUUUGUGGAUAACCUGCGUCAGGAAUUCAGUAAGAACCAGGAGAUGAAAGAUAACAUAAAGAAGUUCAGAGAAGAGGCCAAGAGGCUUGAGGAGUCCGAUGCUCUGCAACAAGCUCGCAGGAAAUAUAAAUCUAUAGAGUCUGAGACAGUGAAGACUUCAGAGGUGUUUAAGAAGACAUUUGGCUCCCUGUCAGAGACCGUCAAGGAGGGUCUUGACGAGGUGAGUCGGACUGACAUCGGGAAGAAGAUCAAGGAAAGUGUGGAGGAGGCUGCCAAGACAGCCAUGCACUCUGCUGAGACCGUCUCCAAAGGAGGAGAGAAACUGGGCAGAACUGGCGCAUUCAGGGCCAUCUCACAGGGUGUGGAGACCAUGAAGAAGGAGAUAGAUGUCGGCGAUGCCGGAGCUUACAGAGCUCCUUCGCAGCUAAGAAAGAGAAGCGAUUUCUCCUCCAAAGGAGCCGACAGCGACUCCAGAGUGUUCGAGGCCAAUGAAGAGGAUAUGGGUGUUGUUCUCCACAAGGACUCUAAGUGGUACCAGCAGUGGAAGGAGUUCAAGGACAAUAACAUCGUUUUUAACAGAUUCUUUGAGAUGAAGAUGAAAUAUGAUGAAAGUGACAACGCCCUGGUCCGAGCAUCCAGAGCUGUGACUGACCGAGUCACCGGCUUCCUAGGUGGUCUUUUCUCUAAAACGGAAAUGUCCGAGGUGUUGACAGAGAUCGUAAAGGCAGACCCCACCUUUGACAAAGACUCUUUCCUCAAACAGUGUGAGAAAGACAUCAUCCCUAACAUACUGGAGGCCAUGAUCCGUGGAGAGCUGGAUGUAUUAAAAGACUGGUGCUACGAAGCUACGUACAGUCAGCUGGCUCACCCCAUCCAGCAGGCCAGAGGGCUGGGGCUGCUCUUCCAGUCCAAAAUCCUCGACAUUGACAACAUAGAUCUAGCGAUGGGUAAGAUGAUGGACCAGGGCCCAGUGCUGAUCAUCACCUUCCAGGCUCAGGUUGUCAUGGUGAUCCGCAGCCCCAAAGGAGAAAUUGUGGAAGGAGAUCCAGAGAAGGUGAUGAGGAUGAUGUAUGUUUGGGCGUUGUGUCGGGACCAGGAGGAGCUGAACCCUAACGCAGCCUGGAGACUCCUUGAUAUCUCUGCCUCCAGUACCGAGCAGGCUCUCUAGGAGGAGGCAGAGCGCAGAUGAAAAGGCAGACAUGGGACACACCAACUGUAAAGGGCAGAAGAUACAGGGAUGUGCCUGGAACACUUGCACGUACUGACUCACUUAUACAUAAACAUCUGAGCGCAGGGUUGACCCAUGCUCCUGUGUCGUGCCACAGACUGUAUUUGCACACACUCACAUUUCCGAAAUGCCGCCCAUGCACAUGUAUAUAUAUUAAUCUACUGUAUGGUGCAAGGAUAUGCAUAGAGCUAAACUACCGGUACAUGAUAUGUGAUAGAAAACGUGCGUGCAUCCAGCAAUGUGUGUGUGUGUGUGUGUUGUCUCUUGUACCGGUCAGCUCAAGGUUUGGGUUCCCAGGUGGAGUGUGAAUACAGAACAUUUUCGAAUGGAUGGAAGCGGGUUUUUCACAAACCGGCUAAAAAAUGAGCCCGUGCCAUUCCUUUCAUUGUUUUAUCCAAUGGUAGAGUCCAUCCAUACCAGCCUGGUGGCUAGUUUUAAGAAGACCGAUGGGAGAAAAAAAUGGACAUGGAACCUGUGAAUUUGCCCUAUUGUCUUCAGAGAGAUAUCUGAAGACUGAAACUAGGUUUAUUGUGUCAAAUAAUAUAAACAAGAAAUAUAAAUUUGGGCAGUGGGGUGGAGCUUUGUUGCAGCAACCAACAUACCUUGUUAAUUCAAGUUAAAUCACAAUUUUGUCACAAGGGGUCUACUAGGUACAUGUAUAAUGUCAUCUGUGGCUCUAGAGGGAGCUUUUGAAAAUAAAAUGAUAUAAAAAUAACCCAGAUGAUGUCAUCAGAGUAACCUAUAGAUUGGGCUUGAGACAGCUAGAAAGGGUCUAACAAAAGAUGCCAUUUGCAUUAUGGGAAACAGUGUUUUUUUAGUCUGGCUUACGGGAUGUAUGGUGCGGGUAUAAAGCCUGACACGCCUGUCCGUGAGGAUCUUCUGACAAAUGUGUGUACAUUUUGCCUAGGCAAACACCAAAUGUAACAUAAAAAUAACUGCACGUCCACUUUCUGGAGUAUAUCUGGCCCUUCAGUGACCCCUUAACAACACUUUGCCAAAAAAAAGACAUAAGAAGGUGAAUUUCAGCGAGACAGUCUUCAAUGUUUUAAGAGUGAAAAGGCUGUUUUCUUUUUUUUUUCUAGGCCAAAUUCCCAUGGACCAUUAAAUGAAAAGCAUCUUAACAAGGGGCUGCACUCGAAAUACUGGAGACUCAUUCUCCGCUCAAGACGCCAUUACUCCACUUUAUCUUUCCAUAGCAAAUAUUUGUUUGCCGUUACAUUAAUAUUCUGAAUAUCAAGUACAGACCCUUUUUCUAGCAUUGGCUUCAAAAUUUGGCUGUGGUGGUUGUCUGCUUGGUUCCUGCUGGCUUUCACAUCAGAAACUUAUCACAAACAUACAUAGUACAAUAAGUAAGAUAAGGAUUGACCCAUAUAAUAUAUGAUGUAAUGACCUGUGUAGUCAGGCUCCAUACUGUGAUGUGUACUGUAGAUCAGAGGGCCUGAGAGAACACAAGCAGCUGGAGAAAACAUGGCCUUGUUUGAAUUUUUAAUGGCAGCAUAUGUUUUCUCAAGUUGUUGUGCAUUGGGCUCCCAGCCACUGUAUAUUCUGUACAUCGUCAUUAAGAAGAACUGUAUUGUAUCUACAUAUUAAUAUAAGCUCUCAACUCCUUGUAAAUAUAUGAAAUGUGGAGUACUGCUUCUUUGGGACCACAUUCCAAUAUGUCAUCUGUCAUCAUGGCAGCUUUGUUGUUUGAGGAUCAUUUGCCAUCUCAUGCUGUUCAUUUUUCAGCUGUUUUACUAAAAAUGUUUGUUUUGCUGUUAUGCACGUGGGCUUUCAAGAGGUUAGUGCUGAAGAUGAAAACUUGAAUGAAUACGCACAUUACUGUA